AUGGUGUAUACCGUGACCGUUCUCUAUCCCAACGAAGCCGAUGCAAAGUACGACCUUGAGUACUAUCUCUCGCAUCAUUUGCCUCUUGUCGAUCGACUUUGGAGAAAAUAUGGAUUACAUGGCUGGACUGUCGUGAAGUAUGGUCCGGGUGUCACUGAAGACCGAAUUCCUUACUCCUUCGGAUGUGUGCUCUUCUAUGAGGACGACAAUGCAGCGAAGCAGGCAUUCAAAGGCCCUGAAGCUGCCGAGGUACUGGGGGAUAUCUCAAAGUUCAGUAACAAGCAGCCUUUGUUUUUGUAUGGUGAGAGAAUUAGCACGGGAGGCUCAGUUGGCCGGUUUUGA